AUGGCUAAACAUGGUUGGGUGAACCCAGAGGACCGUCACUAUGCCUUCCAACCUACUAAAACACCAAAUACCCUAGAUGAUGUCAACACCAAUGUCCCAGAGCAGCACUACAGUACCGCCACUGAUGACUUCUCAUCUGGUGUUCCGCCACAUCUGUGGCGGAAGGAGAAUUUGAAUUUACCCUCAGAUCAAGAUACGAUUGAGAUUGAGCGAGAUGACUUCCCGUUCACUAUCGGCGACCAGCCCAGCAAGCCAGGAGACGAGCCUAGAUAUCAUCCGGCAAUCGAGAGCAUUAGACAAAUGCGCCGCUUCAUCACACGUGAUGACCCCACGAGCCACCGUCAGUCCAGAGGCGAUCCACUCACUGCAGGUGCCCUUCGUGUGGCUCAUCUCGGCGGAUCUCCUGCAGUGCCUCGAAAGACUCAUCGAGAUGCGGCAGGUAAGGGCAACCCUGGCAGUAUCAGAUCAUCUCAAGUCAGCUUGGUCAGUGGAGAGGGCCGAGAGGGUCUUGUACGAACGACGUGGAAGGGGGAUGACAACUCAGAGCACGAGGAUUGGCAUCCCGAUCGAACACAGUUCAGGGAUUUUGUCAUGUGCUGGUUGCAAGGUAUCCCUGAAGAGCAGCCCAUUGCUGUCUUCACCACUCAGGAGCAGCACAUCAAAGAGCACAUCAAAGAGCACUAUCUCCAUGACAUCGACACCUAUACAGGAAAGCUGAUCGAGCCUGUUACACAGCCACGAGCUAUGCCAUAUGUCGAUACUUAUUUGAGUCCUCGACAGCUCAAGGAGCUUUUUGACAACCUCAACCAGACUUCCUGGGGCCAGAUUCACGGAUAUGGCAAGCAGAAGGCCAGGGUAAGCUCUCAUUCUGAGGCUCAGAAGGCACCCAUUCACUUCUCGGCGCCUGUGGUGCAGAAGGCCAAUCCAACCGGUCGCCAUGUUGGACUGACUUGUCAUCUUCGUCCAGCAACUGAGGAGGAUUUGCGUGGUGUUUCCAAAAUUUACAAUUGGGAGGUCAAGAACGGCUUUCAGGCUGCUGACACCGAGCCUAUUAACGAGGGCGACCUUUCUCGGAUCCUUUCCUCCUGUAUGAAAAUGCACGUUCCUUUCGUCGUUGCCGUGGAAGGAACUGUGGCAGAUUCUGAAUCCAAGAAGCUUCACAAACGCGACGACUUUUCAGCUUCAGCGUUCCGUAAUUGGCCUGGACUUUUGGAAAUGACGACAGAUAAGGUGAUUGGGUUCGCGUUUGUCUAUUUUCACGACCGCGGUCUCGGUGGAAAGCCUACCUCGUCAAUGGGAAGCUCUACGGGCAAGCUGUUCUUGUGCGUAGACCCGAAUUUCCGUCGCAAGGGAGUGGGUAUGGCCCUCAUGGACAAGGUGCUCGCUUGCUGCUGUACGCGGUGGUUUGCUGGCGAUUACUACACCUUCAAUAACCCCGAGAACGAUCGACUUUACAGCUCAUUGACCCUGAACUCCUGCCGACUGAUGCGCCUGUUCGUGGACGUGCUUUACAAGACCAAGGACGAAACGGAGUUUGGAGCUAGAACCCAGGAGAAUCGUCACUGGUACGAGAAGUUCCUCACGAAGACCUUCCCGUUCAAGGAGCUUGUUCAGUUCGACCACUACCACCGCCGUGAGCUUGAUACGCCUUUUUGGGUAGACAAGGUCACAUACCAGGUCGUCUGCCGACGCCCUGACGAGUCUUACGAUCACUGA